AUGUCUGUCAGACAGUUCAACUGUCCCAGCCCAGACGUCGCCGCAGUCCAGCACACCGCGCGAGUUACAGGAGGGGACCUCUCUCCCCAUGGUGAUGUGGUGUGCGCGGUGGCCAUUAGCAAUCCGACGCGGUACGUGUUCACCGGCGGAAAGGGCACGGUGAAAAUGUGGGACGUCUUUCCCAACGGGACGGCCAGUGCACCCACUGACUUUCGGCCACCCACAUGCUACGGACUCCUUGAGUGUUUCGACCGGACUGUCUACAUUCGCUCUUGUAAGCUGACGUCGGAUGCAUGGCAGUGCGCUGGUUGUCGGUGGGGAAACAACGAAGCUGUGCAUCUGGGAUUUAACCGGCGGUGGUUUUCCCGGAUUAAAGGUCAGCUCUUCAGUCAGGCACCGGCGUGCUACGCGCUUGCACUCUCCCAGGACGGCAAGCUGUGCUAUUCAUGCUGCUCGAAUGGGAAUAUCAUCGUGUGGGAUCUGCACAACCAGAAGGUCAUCUUGCAGUACUGUGGACAUUCCGAUGGGGCCAGCUGUAUUGACAUUUCCAGCGAUGGACUGACACUGUGGACGGGUGGUUUAGAUAAUACAGUCCGCUCGUGGGAUAUCCGCAACAACCAGCAAAAGAAGCAGCUUGAUUUCCCGUCGCAGAUCUUCAGUCUCGGCUGCUGCCCGACCGGCGAGUGGGUGGCGGUGGGCAUGGAAAACUCCACGGUGGAAGGGUGCACGUCCAACCAGGAUAGAUACCGACUGGAGCAGCAUGAAUCCUGCGUGUUGGCUUUGAAGUACGCCCAGUCGGGCAACUGGUUCGUCUCCACGGGGAAGGAUAGUCAGCUGAACAUCUGGACGAAUCCGCAGGGAUUCAAUCCUUUUAUGGUUAAAGAACCGGCAUCGCUGCUGAGCUGCGAUGUGGCCGCCGAUGGUCGGUACGUGGUGACCGGGUCGGCUGCCCGCACUGCGACACUGUACGAGGCCAUAUACUGA